CGGAGGGGCCGCCAGGGGGCGUCACCGCGCGGGCGGGGCGGCGGCUCGCGGGCUCGGGGCGCGCGCCGGAGCCGCGGGCCCGGACGGUGCCCGGCCCCGACCGCCCGGCCCCGCUGCGGACACCCCGGCCCCGCUCCGGACACCCCGGCCCGCCCGGCCUCUGCCCUGCCCUCCUGGGCAGGGAGCGAGGCCGCACAGACAAGAUGAUCGAUACCCUGGCGAGCGGCGAGGCUCGGGACGUGCAGGUGCAGCUGCCCGCGCUGCUGGAGCAGGAGCUGCGGGCUCAGCCCCGCGCCGCCGGCCUCAGGCUGCUGGAGGCUGCCCACGACAAUGGCCUGCGAAUGACCGCCCGCCUGCGCGACUUCGAAGUGAAGGAUCUCCUCAGCUUAACGCAGUUCUUCGGCUUCCACACUGAGACCUUCUCACUAGCUGUGAAUUUCUUAGAUAGGUUCUUGUCAAAAAUGAAGGUGCAGCCUAAACACUUGGGCUGUGUUGGACUCAGCUGCUUCUACUUGGCUGUGAAGGCAUCUGAAGAGGAGAGAAAUGUUCCCUCUGCCACUGACUUGAUUCGAAUCAGCCAGUACAGGUUCACUGUGUCUGAUAUGAUGAGGAUGGAGAAAAUCAUACUGGAGAAAUUGUGUUGGAAAGUCAAAGCUAUAACAGCCUUCCAGUUUCUACAGCUCUAUCAUUCAUUCCUUCAUGAGAAUUUAAGCUGUGAAAGGAGAAAAUACCUUAAUUUUGAGAGACUUGAGACCCAGCUCAAGGCCUGUCACUGCAGAAUCACGUUUUCUAAAGCCAAGCCUUCUGUCUUGGCACUGUCUAUUAUGGCACUAGAGAUAGAAGAACAAAAACUGCUCGAGUUGACAGAGGCAUUGGAAUUUCUACAGUUGCAUUCCAAGAUAAGCAACAGAGAAUUGACCUUCUGGAAGGAGCUGGUGUUAAAGUGCCUUACGGAAUAUUCCUCAAGCAAGUGCUCUAAACCAAAUGUGCAGAAAUUAAAAUGGAUUGUGUCUGGACGUACAGCUCGGCAGCUUAAACAUAGCUACUACAGAAUAACACACCUUCCUACCAUUCCAGAGACCACCUCAUAAUGGGAGUACAAUGAAAUGAGAAGACCAUCCUGUGACCUUAUCAACAGGCACACAAAUAUCUGAGAAACAGUCUGAACCCUGAUCUUAAUAAUGAAGAACUCAACUCAUGGAAAGAAUAUGUAACAUUUCAGACUAAAUAUCCUUCCAGCAAAUACCAGUUCUUUUCAUGAUGAAUUAAACAGCACAUGGUUCAGUUUUCAGUCUUAGUUGCUAGACUGUUUACUAGUCAGUGAAAUAACACCAUCUCAAUACAAGGAAUUUUAACACCUUAUAGUUUGUAGAGCAGCUCGUGUAAUCUAACCUUGGUUUACAGUAACUGCAGGUGCUGAAUUAGGUAUUAACUUUUCAAACCUGGUUCCUUUCUGAGGAUUAUGCAAUACUAGGAAACUCAGAUGUGCAGUAGUGCAGUGCUGCAGUGUGUUAAGAACAGAAAGACUAAUCCCAGUCAAUAUUGAUGACAAGAGCUCACUGGUGUGCUGUGUGGGCAGUACCUUGUGCCCACGUGUUCCUGCCAGGAUGGGCACUGCCCUGCUACCACAGACACAUCAAACAUCAGCCUGUGGGAAACCCCCUGGAUGUGUCGGGUAGGCAGAGCAGGAGAAAAGAGAAACUUUACUGUGCUCCUUUAGGAAAGACAGUCACUAGCACAGCAUCCAUAACUUAUUUUUAAGAGCUGUAGUUUACUGAUGGCACAAGCCAUCUCACUCAGUGUGAGAGCCUGGUGAUAACUAAUAAAGACUAAGGGGAAGAACUGGGUCACAGGUGACCUUUUCAUGCCCUAAAUUAGUCUUCCAGAGGUCAAUGCUGAUGCUGAACAGGCACAUUGUUACAGGUACACUAGGAGCAGGGCUAGUUCCCCAUCUUAGCCUGUUAUAGGAGCAAUCCAGUUAAGAAACAUUAAAGAUUGCUUCAACUCUGAUCUCUUUAAACUUUGUAAAACACAACUUUUUGUUCUGAAGACCUGGUCAUUAUUUGAGGCAUACAUGCUUCUAGUGCUAACAAGGAAGUGAAUAAUAGGAAUGUAUUAUUGUAUGUUAGAUGAAAAGAGGUUCUGGGAGAGUGUUGCUAAUGUCCUCUUGAAUUCUGCAUCACUGUGGGACAGAGGCUGUUAGCAACAGGCUUUAAACCUGAUUGUCACAUGGACUGAUGGAGUGGAGGAGAUCAGAGUGUGGAAUGAGAUGUUAGCCAGCCAACCCUUCCCUGUAGUGGUACCAGCUGAGGUGGAAACCAUUCUUGCAUAUCUCAAACCCGUUAAAGCUUUCACAGAAGGCUCCAUACCAAAGCUGUCCACUGGACUAAUGCAGUCUUCUCCUGAGCUCACGGGAGUGACUGCACUGCAGAACAGGGUAUCACACCUGUCGUGCUGCCUGGGCAUGGUGCUGACCUGUGCACAGCGAUUCAAAGGUGUCUCAGCCUGCUGGGAGAGGAUGCACUGUGCAAUUCUGAUUGUCCUGUCUCGAGAUAUGUACCUUUAAAUUAAACAUUGAAAUGUGCUGAA